AUGUGGCCUUUAGCGCCACUGGUGAUUCGGCUGGCAGCCGUGUCACUGGUGGCGCUAGUCCUGGCCGACCCCGGCUCGGACACCGCCUCGUCUGUCAUGGCGAAAAUGCCUCGGAAAUCUACUGUCGUACCAAUACGACCGACUGCGCCCAUGACUAAGAAGCAGGAACGUCGGCUUCGCAACCGACGACGAACUACCACUACCACCACUACUACCGAAACAUACGAUGACGAAGAGGAUCACACUACGCCUAUCACCACCACUACCAUUGAUCCGAGGACAUUCGAUCAUACGGAGGUGGGCAGCUGUGAAGUGCCAUUGGGGAUGGAAAAUGGGAUGAUAUCCAACGAGUCCCUCGCUUCCAGUUCGAGCUACGACCAGAGUGUGUCCCCGCUUAGUUCAAGGAUAAGGACAGAGAUUCGCGGUGGGGCUUGGUGCGCCAACGGACUCAUAUCGCCCCGCAGUCGUCAAUACCUGGAAAUAGACCUUCACGAUGAAUAUCUCAUCACAGCGACCGAAUCUCAAGGCAGAUUCGCUAAUUCAGUCGGAGUAGAGUUUGUAGAGAGUUACUCCGUCGAGUACUGGCGAAAGACACUUAGUCGCUGGGUCAAAUAUAAGGACUUUAACGGCAGCCGACUAAUUCCAGGAAAUGUCAAUACUUAUACAGCUCAUAAGACAAUUUUGGAAGCUCCAUUCGUAGCAUCGAAAGUCAGAUUUUAUCCAUAUGCCUCCCAUCCCCGGACCGCCUGCAUGAGAGUAGAAAUCUACGGCUGCCGCUGGAAACAGGCUGUUGUUGCAUACUCUGCACCUCAAGGAGGAGAUAUGCAAGCGAUGACUGGAGGAGCUCGUUUUGAAGAUCUUUCGUAUGAUGGUAUUAUGCGUAAAGGAAAAAUGAUCGACGGACUCGGGCAAAUAACCGACUCUUUCACUGGUCCUAACGAUUUUGAAUUGCCCGACCCCUUAGAUACCCGAGGGACACGGUGGGUUGGAUGGAACAAAUCGAUGCUAUUAGAGGACGAAAUCGAUAUAACAUUCAAUUUUAGUGACUUUCGUCUAUUUCAUCAUGUUGACAUACAUACUAAUAAUAUGUUUACAAAAGAUGUACAGCUUUUUAAAGAAGCGGAAGUUUAUUUUUCCUUGGAAGGAGAACGAUGGCAAGAGGAUUUUCUUUCUAAUGAGCCCAAACAGGACAAAGUGUCAGAACAUGCUCGUACCAUUCACAUCGAUCUGGAGAACCGCACCGCGAAACAUAUAAAGCUCAAGCUAAAAUUUCAACAUGAAUGGAUAUUGAUAAGCGAAGUCACUUUUAAAUCAGUGCCAACAGUUCUCAACACAUCCACUGAGUUUUUAGAAGAGUAUUAUCGUACUGACUCUACACCUUCUUCACGGAAGAAAAGAAAUUCUUCACUUCGGGUAUCAGUUGGACUAGCCUGUGGUGCACUGGUAGGGGGAGGCGCAUUUAUAGCAGCAGCUGCUGUUAUACUAACUAAACGAACCAGAAGACGCAUUCCAAACAUGCUUAAAAAGCCAUUCUGCCCCUCGCUUAGGAGCUCAAAUGCGAGAAACAAUCGAAGAGCGCCACGCCUAGCUCUAGCUUUGGCAAAUUGUCCUCCGAUACAUAUGCUACGACCUGCAGUGGUUGAUGAAGAUUAUCGUGAGCCGUACAACAUUUGGAGAGAGACUCUAGGUCGUCGCGAUAAACGAGAUAUACAUGAUCAAAAUGAAUAUAAUGAAAUUUGCGAGGACCCGGAGUUCCCGAGGCCCUACAUGAUGAAACGGCCUGACCCUCAUGAGAGCUUCUAUGCCGCAACGGACAUCAUUCAUCAUACGUAUCCUGACGAACGGUCUUUACGAAGAGAGCGUCCUACCCCAGGUCUAUUCACCUCCAUCAAAUUACCAGAAGCCGAGCCCCCAAACGGGGUGGCGCCCCUGCUGGAUUUCCCGCGGGGGCGCAUGCGACCGGUUACUUUCCUAGGCGAGGGACCACAUGGCACUCUCCAGAUCUGCGAGACGGAUGGCAUCGAAGAACUGAGCGACGAGGAAUCCCCCAAUGGCGAUCGCCGCCGUCUUGUUGUCGUCAAGACUUUAUGGCGCGGCUGCCAUAGCGAUAUCAAAGCGGCGUUUGCCCGCGAAGCUACAUGGGGAGCUGGGCUGAAGCAUCCACAACUCGCACGAGUGCUUGGAUUGAGCCUAUUAGAACCCCCUUGCGCGGCACUCGACCGCGGAGAUGCUGUUCCUCUCCCGACGAUUCUGAAGACGGAGGGCAGAUUGAGUUAUUCGAGUUUGAUUCACAUCGGCUGCCAAAUAGCGAACGGCAUGAAGUAUCUGGAAUCGUUCGAGUUAGUACAUCGGGAUCUCGCGGCCCGAAACGUAACAGUCAGCGAAGAUCUCCACAUUAAGGUAGCCGACUAUGCAAUGUUCUGUGAGGAAUUCAUCAGUGACUACCACAUAAUGGCUGACGGUUCUCGUAUACCGUUGCGUUGGAUGGCCUGGGAAAGUUUGCUAAUGGGCGUGUAUUCUCCUGCUAGCGACGUUUGGUCGUUCGGUGUAACGGUCUGGGAAGUGCUCACUUAUUGUGUGGCUAAACCAUUUGAAGAAAUGAGCGAUGAUCAGGUAGUCGCUAAUGCGAGCGAAUGGCGUCGCGGUGGCCGUGGCGCCUGCGUUCCCGCCGCGCCUCCUCCGCGCUGUCGACGGGAACUUUACGACCUAAUGCAUGAAUGCUGGCGUCGAGAACCCAUGCAGCGACCACGCUUUCAUGACCUUCAUAGAUUCCUCGAACGCAUGACUCACGGCUAUAAGCCGCCCCAACAU